AUGAUGAAAUUCAAGCCGAACCAGACGCGGACGUACGACCGGGAGGGCUACAAGAAGCGGGCGGCGUGCCUCUGCUUCCGCAGCGAGCGGGAGGACGAGGUGCUGUUGGUAAGCAGUAGCCGGUAUCCAGAUCAGUGGAUUGUACCAGGUGGAGGAAUGGAACCAGAAGAAGAACCAGGGGGAGCAGCUGUGAGAGAGGUGUAUGAAGAGGCUGGAGUAAAGGGAAAGCUGGGCAGACUACUUGGGAUAUUUGAGCAGAACCAGGAUCGGAAGCAUAGGACGUACGUUUAUGUUCUUACUGUGACGGAAAUACUGGAAGACUGGGAGGAUUCAGUUAAUAUAGGAAGGAAAAGAGAAUGGUUUAAAGUAGAAGAUGCAAUCAAGGUCCUUCAGUGUCACAAGCCUGUUCAUGCAGAAUACUUGGAAAAACUGAAACUGAGCUGUUCACCCACUAAUGGAAACUCUGUGGUUCCCCCUCUUCCAGAUAAUAACUCCUUGUAUGUCACUUCUGCACAGACUUCUGGGUUGCCCUCUACUGUGAGAUAAACAUUUGGA